AUUAAUUAUCGUGAUUAUUAUUAGCGAUGGGUGCGAGCGGUGGCGACGCGAUCACCGCGUUUGUCCUGUCCCCAUCGUCACGACCGUAUUUGUAUACUGUGUGUUACGUGGUUUUUUUUUUUAGUGGGGAGCGGUGGUGCAGCGAUUAGCGCAUGUUAUUAUAGUUAUUUUUAAAUGCCCACCACCUGUAUUUAAUGUCCAUGUAUUGUGUUGCACAAUUCUGGACGGAGAGAGUGGGUGGGUGCCCACUGUUGACUGUUGGAGCGGUGCAUUGCUCGACGCACUGCCAAGAUUUUCAGCCGGCGUCCCGAGUUAGAUUCUGGGCCACGUCUGACAUCGGAAGCGAGCGACAUCUGACACAGUCCAGCACUCUCCCAACCCCUACCGCGCAGUGGAUAAAGUCAAUUCGCUGCAACAGCUCGUGGUGGUUGCGGCGGCGGUAGAGAACCAGGAGCUGGAAGACACGGCUGGAGACCGAGGAAUUGAAUCGACGAGUUAGACCCAGCACUCGACCGAGAAUGGCGGCGCAGAAUUCCAUCCCGCUCGUGAACGGCAAGGUGGAGAGCACGGAGAUGGACAUUCCGCCCGGCGCUCCUGGCAAGCAGAAGAUCAACGAGCGCGGGCAGUGGAACAACAAGGUGGAGUUUGUGCUGUCCGUGGCCGGAGAGAUCAUAGGACUGGGGAACGUGUGGCGCUUCCCGUACCUGUGCUACAAGAACGGAGGCGGUGCCUUCCUCAUCCCGUACGUGAUCUUCUUUGUGUGCUGUGGGAUCCCCGUGUUCUUCCUCGAGACGGCCCUGGGCCAGUACACCAGCCAAGGAGGAGUCACCUGCUGGCGCCUCGUGUGCCCCCUGUUUGAAGGCCUGGGCUACGGCACGCAGGUCAUCGUGACCUACCUGAACGUCUUCUACGUCGUCAUCCUGGCCUGGGCCAUCUUCUACUUCUGCAACUGCUUCACGGCCGACCUGCCCUGGGCUUCGUGCAACAACCAUUGGAACACAAACAGCUGCGUGGAAUUUCAUCACACGGAGAACAUCACGGCGGUCCGCGUGGCCAGGGAAGGGACAUCACCAGUCAUCGAGUACUGGGAGCGGAGAGUGCUGGGCAUCUCCAAUGGCAUUGACAACAUCGGAAACCUUCGCUGGGAACUGGCCCUCUGCCUCCUGGCGGCGUGGAUCGUCUGCUACUUCUGCAUCUGGAAGGGAACCAAGUCGACCGGAAAAGUCGUUUACGUGACGGCCACCUUCCCGUACGUGAUGCUGAUCAUCCUCCUGAUCCGUGGCGUCACCCUACCCGGGGCCAGCGAGGGAAUCAAGUUCUAUCUCUACCCCGACGUCAGCCGGCUCUCCGAUCCGCAGGUGUGGGUCGACGCUGGCACGCAGAUCUUCUUCUCCUACGCCAUCUGCCUGGGCUGCCUGACCGCACUGGGAAGCUACAACCACUACAAUAACAACUGCUACAAGGACUGCGUCAUGCUCUGCUGCCUCAAUAGCGGCACCAGCUUCGUGGCGGGGUUCGCGAUAUUCUCCAUCCUGGGCUUCAUGGCGUACGAGCAGAACGUGCCGAUCGCCGAAGUGGCCGAGUCCGGACCCGGCCUGGCGUUCAUCGCUUACCCCAAGGCGGUGACCAUGAUGCCGUUGUCUCCGCUGUGGGCUGCCCUCUUCUUCUUGAUGCUCAUCUUCCUGGGUCUCGACAGCCAGUUUGUGUGCGUCGAGAGCCUGGUGACGGCGCUUACGGACAUGUACCCGCACAUCUUCCGCGUGGGCAAGAGGAGAGAGCUCCUCCUGUUGGUGGCCGCGAUUGUCUUCUACCUCAUGGGGCUCAUCAUGCUGACAGAGGGAGGGAUGUACGUGUUCCAGCUCUUCGAUUACUACGCUGCGAGCGGAAUGUGCCUCCUCAUAGUCGCCUUCUUCGAGUCCGUCUGUAUUGGCUGGAUUUACGGAGGCGACCGAUUUUACGACAACAUAGAGGACAUGAUUGGUUACCGACCGUGGCCGUGGGUGAAAUGGUGCUGGAUGUUCGUCACGCCUGGGAUCUGCGCAAGCAUCUUCCUCUUCUCGCUCAUCAAGUACAUGCCGCUGACCUACAACAAGGUGUACGUCUACCCGACGUGGGGCUAUGCCCUCGGCUGGUUCCUCGCCCUCUCCUCCGUCAUCUGCAUUCCCAUCGUCAUGGUCUACAAGCUGGUUAAGACGCCCGGCACCAUCAAGGAGCGGUUCCACACACUCAUGCAGCCCAGCUCGAGCCUGCCACAGAUGAAGCGCCACCAGCUGGGCAACCGCGUGGAGGAGAGCAAAGGUCCCGACACCGUGUGUGCGCUUCUCGAAAAGGAGACGAACAUCUAGGCGACAAGAGGCGUCUCAUACAAGCCCUCCGUCACCUCCGAGCCACUUCCCGAGCUCCAGUCAUCCUCCACUUUUAGCCAUCCGAACGCCCCUUCCUUCUUCCCUCAUUCCCAUCCCUCCCAGCCCUACCAGCCCUCCCAGCCCUACCAGCCCUACCAGCCCUCCAGCACUGAACCAGUAAAGGGUCCAGAGAUACAAUGCAGACAUGAAGUCAUUCCAGUAAGAGAUGUCACCCUCCGCACGGUGGCAAUGCAUUCUAAUGAAAUGCUCCUGGCAGAUUACCCGCUGCUUUUUUUUUUGGCUUAACACUCAACCUGAGAUGCAGAUUGUGAGAUGCAUAAGCCACAUCUUUUUUUUGUAUUUGUUUAAUUUGCUCUAGAGCACUGUAUUUUCAAUUGUGUUACAAUUGUGCUUUCGGCGUUGAGUCAAAGGAUGACGAAAAUCUUGUUCGGAACUCGCAUUGUGUGUCUGAGAACAGGCCUCGGAAGAUGACAUCAUUGAACUACUUCUGAGGUCAUUUCUUUCGGUGUCUUUAUCCACAAUAGGGGGAUAUGACUUUUCAAUGCUCCGCUGAUAGUGUUUGCCGCAUGUCAAUCAAACCUAUUUCAAUUAUCAGCUGCGGAUGAGGCGAAUUACGUGGCGGAAGCUAAAUUAAAUAUUACGGAUUUUUUUUUGUUUGUUAUUUGCAUUGAUUGGUAACUCGGCUGAGACCGUAAACACACUGUUCUUGAGAAACUUGUUUAAUCACCAGUGGUUACCAGCUGCAGUGCUCUGAGAUGGUGUUAAACGGUCCGAGUCAUCCAAGCGCCUCCCGUCGCAAGAAGCGACCCCUUGACUGAGCCGCCCUUUAGAAGCGUCGAGCGAACCCGGUGCUGCAUCUCAGCCACGAUCAGUGCCCGACGCUCGCGUGCCCACGGUUCGAUUCGCAGGGCCGUGCGUUGGGGGUUGUGGCCAUUGCGGACGGGGUUGGGUGACCCCAGGAACUGUAGGUGCAUCUGGCGAGAGCUACUCCCAUCUGACCGUUAAGCCUUCGCUGGUGAAUGACUGUCGAUUUUGGUUUUUUUUUGUUUAACACGUAGGCUUUCGCGAUCAAUAUCCAUAAUACAGUUUUUUUGGGGUGUAUUUUUGUUGUUAAAUCAAAUUUGCUCACGCGCAGCAUUGUGGACGGGGUGUAUCGGCAGUGAUGGCACGAAGUUCGAUUUUUUUUUCCCCCAUACAGGAAAUGCGCAGUAAAAGUAUUUUCCCGCACGUCUAACAAUGCAUGCAUUUUUAUUGUUCGUGAUUUCCCGAUGGUCGACGCAAGAAUCUACUUGCGUAUCGGUUAUCUAUCAAAUGUGACUCGGUUGUCAUAUCAUCCAGACCUGAAGUUGACGGACAUUAUGCCGUGCCUGUGAUCAAAUCAGCAUGGAUAUUCCACAUUUCAUCAGACGUCAGAAGCUACGCAGGGCUGAGCCUAGUUGUGCACUUGGACGAGUGACCACCAGGGCUUGCAGGUGUUUUAGGUGUGGGACUGCGACAUGGCCAGGAGAUUGCAGUGCUGUGUCACAUCUUUAUAUGCACGGUUGUGUUUCUUUCUUACCCGAGUUCUCCAGUUUUUCUCCCGCGGCCAAAUCCUCACAACAGCAAAAAAAAAACAACCGUUGGCAGAACGCCCUUAGGUGCGGAUGGCCUAAAACAGCUGCAUGUAUUUUCAAUUCUUCAUUGUAUAAUUUCGGUCAAUUUAAGACGCUCCGGUGUUGUUCCACAGUCACGUGCACGUGCCCUCCUGUGUUGUGGUUAUUCUUCUCGUGCCACUAUAGCGCUCCCCUUUCACUCCAGCACAGGCCUCGGCAUUGCUCUGGAGAGUGGAUUGCACUAUUUACUCAUGGGGGUGCUCAGAGAAAACGUAACAAUGCCCCUUUUUGCCAGUGGUGCCAACCGAUAUUCAGAUACCUUUGUGAUAUCCGUAUGCCCUCAGUUGUCCCUCCCCCCAUCAACAAAUUUACACAAACAUAACAAUAGCAGAGCAAACAAUACAUGGGGUAAAACUAACAACAUCUUCUCUGCAUUAUUACACGUAUUUUUUUCUGGCAAUAUGUUAAAGUAAAAGCUGGGAGGUGCAUCUUGUAACAUGGUGUGAGUGUGCGCGCGCGUGACUGGAUUUGCACAACUUUAUUCACGCUGUGCGCAAUUGUUUGUGGUGCAACUUUUCUUUCCGGGACAUCUUAUAAUUCUGGAGAAGACAGUAUUUGUCGGUCCGUUGGUUAUAAUUUCAAGCACUGGGGAUGCAAACAGUGAAGGGCCAAUUUAAGCUCUAUAUUCUUGUAGAACCUUUAACAAACGGAGCACUUAAUAGUUGCUGGGAUAUGGGCAGUGAGCAGAUACUCGUAAAAAAAACCAUGGCAUGUAUAGUAUAUAUAUGGCAACAAAUUAUUAAUUAUAAGCGUGAGGCAGUUUUAAUUUAGUAUGUACCUAAUUAACAGCUUGUGGAAGGACCCAACCAACGGUCAGUAGAUAAUAUACUACUUUGCUGUGGUUUUAUUCUUCAUUGGAAUUGUAAUAAAUACAAAAUUCUGCUUAUUCUGAGGAAUGCGCAGACAACAGAGCAAAUCGGAAAUUACUUGUCAGACUCAACAAGUUCACAAUGCUCUGUGUAAGCUGUGGAAGGAGCCUGUAGAUCAUGCAUAUUCGUAUCACCUCGUUCAUGUAGUCAUCCGUUCACGAACGCCCUUCCUGAUUCGAGAAAUGUGUAUGUAUGUGGAACUUCUUUCGCACCUUACAUAGCCAACUGUGCCAAUAGAAGGUGCGGGGAAAGCACAACAAUCUAAACUGAAAAGGUAGUUCUAAAGAAAUUCGUUUUCAAUCUAGAUGGUUUAAAAGUGACCGUCUUUGUUCGAUGGGUUUCGCCAAAAGCCUCUGCGCAGAUGACCGGAGCUCACGUGAUGGUUUAAGCUCCUUGGCGAGAUUAGCAAAGUAUUGUGGUUCAUUUGUGGCAAGCACAUUGUGUGUGCAAUGAGUGCGACCUUAAAACCAACCAUUGGUAACCAAUCGCAUCCAUUUACCUCAAUCCUGGGCCUUAAUUGAAAUAUUCCGAUGCCCCCUUUCAGUGAAUUAUUUGAUGUUCUCCAUCCAACUAGAGUCCUUGGGAGACUCACAAGAGGUGUGCACAAUGUGCAGUUUUCCUUCAAUAUAUCCCUGUCGUCAGAGUUGGGCUUGCCUCUUCUGACAUUUGAAGAAAAAAACUGGGACAAAUCACGGUAAGAAGUAUAUAAUUCAAUACCAGAACAGGGGAGAACUGUAUGUAAAUGCAUUGUCUUGAGUGGUGCGUUAUCAUACAACUGACAAAAAGCGGGAUUUUUUUUUAUGUCCAGGGAAAACUUACAGAUUUCCCAGGACAGCUACCUCAAAAACCUGGACAAGGUGGCAAUCGGGCAGCAGAGUCCUUGUGGCCUGUGCUGCCUGGAGUGACUUGCCGGUGGGUAAUGUUUUGCCGUGACGCUCAUGGGCAACAGCUAAUAUCACGGGGGGAAAGCUGCCGGGCCAUGCCACCGCAUCUCCUGACAAGGGUGUUCCACCUCUUGUAGCCACAUUCCUUUAUUUUGUGCACAGUAUUAUAGGCCACUCCGGGGCUAUGUUGUGGGCAUUACAGCAAAAUCCGUUGUUGUACUGUGCUUCUAUGCUCCCGUGCUUCCUGCCUUCGCCAAACUUGCACUGACCAGCGUGGUGAAGUAUGAUCGAAUGACCCCAUGGACCUCCACGUGUAGGGAGGCCCUCGUCCAUCCAGCAGUGGAUUGACAAAGGGCUGUAGAUGUACUCAGAAUUGAACGUUACGCUCGAUGAGAGCCACUUAGAUGCCGUGUCUCAAUUUAACCAACUGUGUUGGCAGCGGCUGAGGUCGACGGAGAUUGAAAGCACACCGACGCAACACCACCACCGUCGUCAUUCACACGUGUUCUCUAGUGUGUGUGUGUUUGCCGAAAGAAAAAGGCAGCGUUUUAAUUGGUGGCAAGUAGCCGCGGUGAUUUUUGGACUGCGCUAAGCGGUCGCGUAUUCGUUUGAGUUCGUUCGUGUUUAUAGGGGUGUCUUUUGACGGGACUCUUUGAUGAGUGGUAACACCUGGUGGGAGCCAUCGUGGAUGUGGUGUGGCGGAUGGUCUCUGACGCACAGCGAUCGGGCAAGCAACUAUAAUUGAAUUCACUAUUGAGCGGUUGAA